AUGAGCGAGGAAAAGCUCUCCACGCCAGGACCGGCUCUAUCCCGCAUCAACUCCUACUUGCCCCCCUCUCCCCGCAAAACCAACAAACGAGUCAUCAUCAUCGGUGCAGGUGCCGGCGGCACCGCUCUCGCCGCCCGCCUCGCUCGUCGAGGCCAUACCGUCACCGUCCUCGAAAAAAACACGUUUUCCGGCGGCCGUUGUUCGCUGAUCCACCACAACGGCCAUCGCUUCGACCAAGGUCCCUCACUCUACCUUAUGCCAGAAAUCUUUGAAUCAUGUUUCCGCGAUCUCGGCGAAGACAUCCAUUCCCACGUAACCCUGCACCAAUGCAACCCAGCCUACCGAAUCCACUUUGCAGAUGGCGAAAAAAUGGUCUUAUCCUCCAACCUCUCUCAAAUGUCCCAAACCUUAUCCUUCUUCGAAAAGCGGGCCGGUUCGAAAGCUGACCCGCUCGCAAACUUUCUCGCAUUCCUGAGAGAGGCGGGGGAGAACUACGAGGAAAGUGUAAAGCAUGUCUUGACGAAGGAUUGGAGUGUAUGGUGGGCCUUCUUCCGGCCGGAAUUGUUUCCGAUGUUGUGGAAAACGAAAGGGUUGAGGAUGUACACGACCUUGUAUGAGAGGACUGCCGAGUAUUUUAAAAGUAGGCAUGUUAGGAGGGCGUUGACGUUUAGUGCAAUGUAUAUGGGUAUGAGUCCAUUUGAUGCGCCGGCGACGUAUAGUUUGUUGCAGUAUGCCGAGUAUGCCAAGGGGAUAUGGUAUCCUCUCGGUGGCUUUUGGAAGGUGGUAGAGGCGAUCGAGAGGGUUGCCAGGGAUAAGUUUGGUGCGGAAUUUAGGUAUGAUACCAGUGUCAAGAGGAUUGUGGUGGAUGAGACAAGUGGUACGGCGAAAGGGGUGGAAUUGGAGAAUGGCGAGGUGAUGGAAGCAGAUGUUGUAGUUAGCAACGCCGACCUCGUGUGGACUUAUAACAACCUCCUACCCGCCUCUUCCUACGCAACGAAACUUCGAGGAAAAGAUCAGACAUGCUCAUCGAUCAGCUUCUACUGGUCCCUUUCGCAAAUCGUAGAGGAGUUGGGAGGACACAACAUCUUUCUCGCUGACGCAUACCAAGAAUCCUUUGACGAAAUCUUCCGUGAUGGCGACACACCUUCCGAACCCUCUUUCUACGUCAACGUCCCCUCCCGUCUAGACGCAACCGCUGCACCCGCUGGCAAAGACUCGCUAGUGAUCCUCGUCCCCUGCGGCCCCAUCUCGAUCCCCGAAAAAGCCUGUUCGGAUCCCUCCAAGGGCGCACACACACGCCAACAAUUCGCAAAAACAGUCUCGCGUGUCCGCUCACAAGUCAUCUCCAUCCUCUCCCGUCGCCUCAACCGACCCGACUUCAAAGACCUCAUCGAACACGAAAUCAUCAACGACCCCUUCGACUGGGCGGACAAAUUCAACCUUUUCCGAGGUUCCAUCUUGGGUCUAUCCCACACCAUCCCGCAGGUUUUAUGGUUUAGACCUAGUAUCCAGCAUGCCAAGUACCACAAUCUGUUUUUUGUCGGGGCGAGUACCCAGCCGGGCACUGGUGUACCCGUUGUAGUGGCCGGCAGUGCGGUUGUGGCGGAAAGGGUGAAUGCCUUUCUGGAGGGGAGAGAGAAAGGGUGGUUGAGUUGGGAAGCGGUUAGAGGGUCUAUUUUCCUGGCCGCAUUUGCGGUCGUGGGGGCCAUGGUGGCAGGGUUUGCCGCUGGGUUUAUAUUGCUCGGGUUGGUUAUUGCGGUGAGUGUGCAUAUGUUGGGAAUUGCUGAUGUGCCUGGAUUUGUUCGGGGGAAGGUUAUGCCUGAGUAG